AUGGCAGAAAGACCUUCUCCGAACUCUAUUGCAGUUUGCUCCCUUAUUGCACUGCACUCUGACCCCUCUUCGCCUCUUCAUGAUUUCCAAUUAAGCCAAGAAACACAGAAUAGUCUGACAAUUUUCUUGGAAGAAACUGCAUCCGCAACUUCUGAUGAUACGAGCCUGAAAUUUUUGCUUUACAAGUCUCGCAAUGAAUUAGGCGAUGAAAUUACUUCCUUGCUGAAAGAGACUCUAGAAAUGGCUGUAGAGUCAAUCGAUUCCUUGAUUGAUUUGAUGGACUCUCUACGAGCUGCUAUCAGCGAAGGGUUGGUCGAUCCUUCAAGUUCCCAUGGCAUUUUUCUUCGAGGCGUUUGUUUGGGAUUCGAGGACUUGUCAUUUGAGUCCAUCGCUCAGCUAUGGGAAAAUUUGAGCGACUGUCUUCGCAAGCCUGAGAAUACACCGCAGAUACAGCAGGAAUGGUCAAGAAAUUCGCUAUGGCAUCCUUCAAGUAGCCAGAUGGAGCGAUUUGUGAGGAAAAGCUGUGGUGACUUUGAGCUCGGCCAUAGUAGCCUUGAAUCAGUUCUUUCUUUUGAAAGCAUGGAACUGCAGCUGCAAUCUUUGUUACAGAGGAACCCUGAUCUUUGUGCGGCGUACUUCUUGAGAUUUUUGAAUUGCUUGCGAAACGAUGAACGAGGAGGGGCGAUCCAGGCACUCCACCAAUACUUUGACCAAGCAAUGGUUCAACGAAAGAUGCCGAAAGAUAUCCUGCAGUUUUCCGCAAUUCUGCUUGCUAUGGCGCACAGUUCAUUUGGUGAUGCUGAAAUGUCUCUAAUGGCGACGGAGGAAGCUGUUCGAGUCGCGCAACAGUCAAAGGACAGAGAUGCAUCUUGCGUGGCUUUUGCAUUGGGAUGGUUGUUCGAGAAUGAUUACAGCGGCACCAUAGAUCGGCGACAACUUUUGCAGCGAUGUGCCACUCGAGCUUUGCAAGGUCAGCUUCGUCCUCUAGUCUCUGGGGCAAACUUGUCUUUAGCGACCCACCUUGCUUCGGAAGAAACGCAAUCAUUUACCCCUUUGGCAUGGAUGACUCUACUCCGUGCCACUACAGUACAAACGGUGGAUGGCCUGGUCAACCUUGAUCGUCCUACUCAUAUUUCACAGGUUCCAAGUGAAGGAUUAGAAAGUGUAGCAAAGCAAGUGAUGGUGUCAGCAGCAAUUUGGGCAUCCUUCAAUGUACCUGCUCUAGCAGGUAUAUCCUCUUCUAUGGCAUUGGAAUACAACGCACACCUCUUCAAAGGCGAUGUAUGUACAGCAAUCGAAAAUAUUUCCCUGCUUUCAUUGCACGGGUUUUCGUUCCAAUUUCUGUCAAGAGAUUUAGCCGGCGGCAGAUGCGUCUAUUCGCAAGCUAUCUUGUCGUUGAUCGAGCUUCAAAAGCGACUUGGAUUUGGCUUUGACACUCUCAGAGUCCCGUUUCUCCAUAGAGCACUCCUAUUUCUCUUAGAAUGGUCGGUUAAUAGAUGCGAUCUUGGCGAUGCAAGAGCGUUUUCCAUCGCGCUUGAUUCGUCCAUUCACAGUGGACAAUCGAACGCGUACCAGCUUGAGAUUGAUUUUGGCCUACAGAGAUGUCGGCAGUUUUGCCGGGAGAAAGACUGGCAAAAUGCUAGAAUAUGUGCGACGCGAUUGCUUGAUAUUUCCAAUUACAGACACCUGAAAACACAUCGAGCGCUUGUCCUUGUCAAUCAGGCUGUCGUAGAACUUGAAGCAGAUUCAAAACAACUCGUCGCUCCGCUCUGCCCACUGUUGGAAGCGCUAUCAUAUUGCGAAAAGCAUGAGAUGCAUGGGAUGCAUGCUGUUGCACUGUCUGUCCUUGCAAAGGUGCACCUGCGAUCGCAACGACCAAAACAUGCGAUAGCAAUUCUCACUAGUGUCCUUCCGAGCCUGCAACAACACGAACAUGUGCUGUUCCAAGCUGAGGCACUGCUGACACUUUCGAAGUGUCAUAUUCAGCUGAUUAAGCUCGAGACUACCAAUGCAAUGAAUAACACCGCUGCAAGAAACGCUGAAAUGAGAUUGCUUCAAUGCAGAAGCAUGUUUGAAGGUUCGAGGAGAGAGAUGCAUCUUCAGAGUGUUUCAUGGCUGUGUCAAAUUAUUUUUCUUUGGGAUUAUCCAGCUUGUUUUUGA